AUGGACGGCGAUUUCUCAAGCGAGCCGCGCGGGCGUUGCUACACGUGGCCGAUGCAACAGUACAUGUAUGAGCAUCCGAUGUCGGUGCCGCCAUCGCAGAUGCCGACGCCGACUCAAAUGUCGGUGAUGUCGUCGCCGCCGGCGAUGAUGCAUCACCAGAUGCCGAACGUCAGCAUCGCGCCGUGCUCAUCUGGAAUGAGCGGCGGCGGCAACGCGCACGUGAUGCCGCUCGGCAUGAACAUGCCAAUGAGCCAGGGCGGCGGACCGAUGCCGGUGUCGGCGAAAAAGAAGCGGUGCCGAAAGAAGCCGUCGGAUCAGCUCGCGCAGAAGAAGCCGAAUCCGUGGGGCGAGGAAUCGUAUUCGGACAUAAUUGCGAAGGCGCUUGAGACGGCGCCCGAAGGCCGUCUGAAACUUAGCGAAAUUUAUCAAUGGUUCUCCGAUAAUAUACAAUAUUUUCGCGAGCGGUCGAGUCAAGAAGAAGCCGCUGGAUGGAAGAAUUCGAUUCGCCAUAAUUUGUCGCUUCAUUCGCGUUUCAUGCGAGUUCAGAAUGAGGGUGCCGGAAAAUCGUCGUGGUGGGUCAUCAAUCCGGAAGCGAAGCCCGGCAGAAAUCCGAGAAGGACCCGCGAGAGAUCGAACACGAUUGAGACGACGAGCAAGGUUCACUUGGACAAAACCCGCCGCGGAGCCCGAAAGCGUGUGAAGGAGCGCGGAUUAAUAGGAAAUCUUCACGCGACAAUUAAUGGAUCUCAGGCGUCGAUUGUCUCGCAUGAUUUAUAUGAAGACGAGUCGAUGCAGGGCAAUUUCGAUUUUAGAGGAAGAACUCAAUCGAAUCUUUCGGUGCCGGCGUCAUCUUCGCGCGUUUCGCCGAACAACGUCGACCACUCGUACGAGGAAUUCGAUUUUCCGACAUGGGUUGAUUCGGCGGCCGGUGUGCCGCAAAUUCCCAACGACAUUGUCGAUCGCACUGAUCAGAUGCGUAUCGACGCCGCGCGUCAUCUGAAUGGAAAUCAGACGAAUAUGAUCAAGCAGGAGAUGAAGCCGGUCAAGACAGAGUCCAUUGUUCCUCCACCUUCCUACCACACGUUGAACAGCGUUCGAGGACCAUGUGUUCAGAAUCCACUUCUUCGAAACCCAAUUGCGCAGACGACCAAAUACCAUCCGAUGCCGAUUCCGACAUACUCGUCGUACAACAAUAGCUGGACUAUGCCAACGCCGACGUUGCCUAAUAUACAAUCGUGCGGCGCCGUUGCCGCCCAACAACAAUCAGUGGUGUCGUCGUCGUCGGCGCUUCCGAUUGAUCUCGAGAAUUUGACGCUUCCCGACCAGCCACUCAUGGAUAUGGACGUCGAAUCGAUUAUCAGACACGAGCUUUCUCAGAAUCAGCAGCAGCUCAGUUUUGAUUGGUGA